GGAGUAGCGUUCAACAAAUUGAAAAUGCCCCGCAGACGACAGAGACACAUGGCUGGGAGCGGUUCAGAUGGAACUGAAGACUCUGACUCGUCUGCUGAAAGAGAGCAGACCAAUAGUUCAGAAAGUGAUGGAAACAUGCCCAAAAGACAGCGUCUCACCAGAGCCUCCACGCGCCUUAGCCAAAGCUCUCAGGAUACUCCAGACCUGAAACGAGUUGCGGACCAUGAUGAAUCUCCUCCACUGACGCCCACAGGAAAUGCUCCCUCCUCUGAAUCUGAGCUGGACAUCUCCAGCCCCAGUGCCUCUCAUGAUGAGAGCCAGACCAAAGACCAAGCCAACAGAGACUCAGAUAAAGACCUCUCCCAUCGACCCAAGCGUCGCCGCUGUCAUGAGACCUACAACUUUAACAUGAAAUGCCCUACUCCGGGGUGUAAUUCACUUGGUCACCUCACAGGGAAACACGAACGUCAUUUUGCUGUGUCAGGUUGCCCUCUUUACCACAAUCUUUCUGCUGAUGAGUGCAAGGUGAAAGCCAUCAGCCGCGAGAAACAAGAAGAGGAGGUGAAAGGGCAGGAAGAAAGCAACUCACGCCAUGCAACUCGUCACCAGACACCAACAUCGAAACAAAGCAGAUACAAAGAGCAGGUGGCUGAGAUUAGGAAAGGGCGAAACUCUGGCCUGCAGAAGGAACAGAAAGAAAAGCACAUGGAGCAUCGGCAGACACAUAGCAACACCAGAGAACCUCUGCUGGAGAACAUCACCAGUGAAUAUGAUCUGGAGCUUUUCAGGAAAGCCCAGGCCCGUGCAUCUGAAGACCUGGAGAAGCUGCGUAUCCAGGGUCAGAUCACAGAGGGCAGCAACAUGAUCAAAACCAUCCUGUUUGGCCGCUACGAGUUGGACACCUGGUACCACUCACCCUAUCCUGAGGAGUACGCACGUCUGGGUCGCCUCUACGUCUGCGAGUUCUGCCUCAAGUACAUGAAGAGCCAGACCAUCCUCAGGCGACACAUGGCAAAGUGUGUGUGGAAGCAUCCUCCAGGAGAUGAGGUGUACAGAAAGGGGGCUAUAUCUGUGUUUGAAGUCGAUGGCAAAAAGAAUAAGAUCUACUGCCAGAACCUGUGUUUACUUGCCAAGCUUUUCCUGGACCACAAAACGCUGUAUUAUGAUGUGGAGCCGUUUCUCUUCUACGUCAUGACUGAGGCUGACAACACGGGCUGCCAUUUAGUGGGAUACUUUUCCAAGGAGAAGAAUUCUUUCCUGAACUACAAUGUAUCCUGUAUCCUGACGAUGCCACAGUACAUGAGACAGGGUUUUGGCAAGAUGCUCAUUGACUUCAGCUACCUGCUUUCCAAAGUGGAAGAGAAGGUGGGCUCACCAGAGAGGCCUCUAUCCGACCUGGGCCUCAUCAGCUACCGAAGCUACUGGAAAGAAGUGUUACUCAGAUACAUGUACAACUUUCAAGGCAAGGAGAUCUCCAUCAAGGAGAUCAGUCAGGAAACUGCUGUCAAUCCGGUGGACAUUGUGAGCACGCUGCAGUCUCUUCAGAUGCUGAAGUACUGGAAGGGAAAGCACUUGGUGUUGAAGCGACAGGACCUGAUUGAUGAGUGGAAAGCAAAGGAGAUCAAACGAGGCAAUAGCAACAAAACCAUCGACCCUAGCUCACUAAAAUGGACACCUCCCAAAGGGACAUAAACACUAAGACCCUCAGGCUACUGAAUGAACUUGCCCACAGCCUCACCAGCCACAAGUAGCCUAGACCUAUGAACUGUCAAUAAAGACCAGUGUUUUUUUCUUCAUAUUUUUUA